AUGGCGAGACGCCUGGCACGGGGGCCAUUGAGGCGAGUCCGCCGUCCCUCUGCCCGCCAGAUGCUGUGCCCCACGCCAUCCCCCUCAGCCACGCCACCAGCGGGCCUGGAGCGCCACAAGCACGUCGUGCUCGUCGCUGCCUCGCCGCCCCACCGCCUGCCCACCCCCGUCGUCAAGCCACCCCUGCCCACCACCCCCUCUGCUGCUGCUGAUGCUGCUGGUGGCAGUGGCGGGGCCAGGGGCGUGUGGGAGGCAGCAGCGUGGUGGCUGGCGUGCGCCCCCACGGUGGCAUCGCUCUUCGCCCACCCCCAGCUCUACGUCACUCUCUCGCUCAUCGCUCCUCGAAACGUGCCUCAACUGAGGCAGCUAUAUGUCGCAGCAAAGCGCAGCCCCAGGGCAGCGGAGCCAGUGGCCGACGCAGCUCGGCAGCACCCCCAUCACGUGGCGCUCAUUGCGGAGGGCUUCCUGGAGGCACGCAGCGUGCUGCACCGCGCUCCACCGCCCAAUGAGGCCGCUCCACGUGGCGCCCAGGCGGUGGGCCCCUCUCCUGGCGGAGGAGGAGGAGGAGGAGGAGGUGGAGGAGGAGGAGGGCCCGCGGCGGGAGCUAGUGGUGUGGCAGCGGUGGCGAUGGCGGGCUCAGUAGGGCGACUGCCACAGCAACCCGGGGCGGCCAUGGUUCAGCAGGCAAAGCAGGAGCCCGUGUAUCCCACACCACCACAGCAGCCCCUUGCCCGCCCUGCUGCCCUCUCCCCCUCCCCCUCUCAACCCUUGCGUGCACACCAGCCCGCCUUGCCUGCCACAGCGGGGGGAGGCGUGCCAGUGGGGAUGGGGGGAGGGCCAGCAGGCACCAUUGCUGGUAGCGCCACCGGUGCCGCUGGGGGUGCUGGGGGUGCUGCUUGUGCGGUGGGUGUGGGCCCGGGAACAGCAGCGCCCAUGCCCUCUCUCCGCACCACGAGCCCCAGCCCCCAGUUCUUCCCCACCGGCCAGCAGCAGCAGAAGCCACCACAGGCGUUUCAGCAGCUGCUACCGCAGCAGCAGGCAGCACAGCAGCAGGCAAAGCCGACAGGGGUGGCUGUGCCGACAGGGGCGAGGCUGGGAGGAGGCAUGGCAGGGCAGCACGUGGGGGCUGCGGGGAUGGGACCAGCUGGGGGUAGCGCUGCCGCGGGGGCACUGCCUGCUGCUGCUGCUGCUGCUGCUGCUGGAGGGGCGGGGCGCAUGGCAAUGGGUGGUGGGGCUGGUGGGGUAGCAGGAGUGGCAGCAGCAGGAGCAUUGCAACAGCCUGGCGUGCCCCAACAGGCACAGCAGCAGCAGCAGCAGCCUCCUCAGAUGGUUGUUGGGCCUGGAGGCCGCAUGAUGCCACGUGCCGCACCUGUAGGCAUGGCAGCAGCAGCAGGCGGAGCAGCAGGAGCAUCUGCAGCAGGUAUGGGUGCAGCCAUACCAGCAGCUGUUCCCGGACCUCAGUUGGCCAGGCCUGGUAUACCCGUACCUGCCGGAGGCCCGGGAGGAGCAGCUGUAGGCAUGGCAGGCCGCGGAGGACCAGGUUUGGCUGCCUCUCAGCCAGGCCUUGCCCGUGGGCUGGGAGCUGGUCGGGGAACAGGCCCGGGAAUAGGUCCGGGGGUCGGCCCGGGAGUUGGCAGUGGAGCAGGUUUCAUGGGGCGAGGAGGUCCAGGCGUGGCAGCAGAGGUGGUGGGGGACUCACAGGGGGGUGCAGCAGCAGCGGGCAUGGGUGGGCGGGGGGUGGGCCUGGCACAGCAGGGCAGACCAGGGCAGGCAGCAGUGGUGGGGGUUGGGCCGGGGAUGGGGAUGGGGAUGGGGAUGGGGGGAGCAGGGGGAGCAGCAGGGGGGGCGAUAGUGGGGGGCCAGGCCGGCAUGGCGAGGCGCGUAGUAGGGGGCGUCAUGGGGGUGGGUGGUCCCAUGGCAGGGGCAGCGGGAGGAGUGGUGGGAGUUGGUGCGGGCAUGGCAGGGGCGGCAGGGGGUGGAGCCGCUGGUGGUGCUGGCGGACAGAUGGGUCAGCGGCCUCCCCUGCAGCAGCAGCAACAACAGCUGCAGCCACAGGCACAGCAGCAGCAGCAGCAGCAGCAGCAGCAGCAGUUCCAGGCACAGCAACGACCAGCACAGCCACAGUUUCAGCAGGUGCAGGCGGGUGGAGGAGCAGGAGGGGCAGGCGGGACAGGAGGAGUGGGUGGAGUGGUGGGGGGACAGGCAGGGGGCGUGCAGCGAGUGGGUGUGGGGCAGGGUGUGGCAGGGCAGCAGGCCACCACAGCAGGAAUCGCUGCCGGGACAGCAGCAGGUGGGGUAGCAGCAGGCGGGCCAUCAGGUCCCAUGGGAGGAGGAGCAGCAGCAGCAGGGCCUGGGCCUGCCAUGGCUGCUCGCCCGCUGCCUCACGCGCCUGGCGCUGCUGCCCCUGCUGCCGCUGUUGCUCCACACCCCACAUCCACUGCUCCUGCUCCUGCUGCCCCCCCUGCUGCUGCUGCUGCUGCUGCAGGAGCAGGCGGUGUGAGGCCGCCAGGACAGCCCCCACGGUACCUCAAGCUGUGGGAGGGCACACUCAUGGGCCAACGCAAGGACAAGUCUGUUGAGAUCUGCCGCAUGGAGGGCUACCACCAAGCAACAUCUCCUCCCAACCUGGCAGCAGACUGGCCGGAUACAAUGCAGAUAGUGCGGCUGGUGUCGCAGGAGUGCAUGAACAACAAGGAGCUAGCAGGCAAGGCGGAGCUGCUGGUGUUUCGGCCCAUGUCAUCACACGUGUUCCUGCAGCAGAUGGCUGAGAAGAAACUCUGCACCGUCAUUCAGCUGCCGUCACAAACCCUACUCCUCGGCACCGUACCGGACCGCUCCAGCCGCCUUGUGGGCAUGCUAUUCCCCAAG